CAGCUCAUUGGACGUUCAGGAGGACGGAUGGGCGAAACCAUUCCUCCGAAUCAAAGAUGACUAAAAACCAGAAAGCCUCUAGAUUUCCUGCCGUCCCUGAGGAUUAGAGGCCUGGAUUAUAACGUUACAAAUCCGGUUAAUUUGAAGGUAAAUUAGCCUYCUGGUGACGCGGGGAGCUGACCACCAGGAUCCGGAGGAGAGUCGCUGGGUCCGCGAUGGAUUUCUGUAAACAUCCAGGACCGCACACGGUACCGAGGAUCCAGCUCGGUUCUCUUUCUGUUUAAUUCUUUUAUUUGUUUUUAUUUUUCGUCUCGUCUCGUCUCGUCUCGUCUCGUCUCGUCUCGUCUCGUCAUGGUUUCCACGCUGGGGCUCGUGCCGCUCACCGUGCUGAUCAUCCAGGGCGGAUGGCGCGGGGUCGCGCCGAGCCCCACCGAGGAGGGAGCGCUCCGGGCCGGCCACGGGGAGCACGGAGAGCCGGGCCACCAGGAGCCCCACAAGGACUCCUACAGCACGUUCGCCUCGGAGUUCCUGGAGUCCAAAUACCUGUCUGAUGACGGUUAUCCAUUUCCCACCGCCCCACCCGUGGACCCUUUUGCCAAAAUCAAAGUCAGCGACUGUGGMGUCACCAAAGGCUGCAUCAGGUAUGGGAAGCCCGGGUGCGAUGCAGAAUCCUGUGACUACUUCCUGAGUUAUCGGCGCAUCGGGACAGACGUGGAGUAUGAGAUGAGUGCAGACACAGACGGCUGGGUGGCUGUGGGCUUCUCCUCCGACAAGAAAAUGGGAGGAGACGACGUCAUGGGCUGCGUUCACGAYGACAACGGGCGCGUGAGGAUCCAUCACUUCUACAACGUGGGCCAGUGGGCCAAAGAGAUCAAGAGGAACCCGGCGAGAGAYGAAGAGGGGAUCUUCGAGAACAAUCGGGUGACCUGCCGCUUCAAGCGCCCACUCUACGUCCCCAGAGAGGAAACACUGGUGGACCUGCACCUGUCCUGGUAUUACCUGUUUGCGUGGGGUCCUGCUAUUCAAGGUUCCAUCACGAGGCACGACAUCGACAACCCUCCGGUCAGCGACCACAUGAUCAGCAUUUAUAAAUACGAAGACAUCUUCAUGCCUUCUACGGCGUAUCAGACCUUCAACUCUCCUCUCUGCUUACUGCUCAUCGUGGCUCUCACUUUCUACCUGCUGAUGGGAACGCCGUAAUGAAGCCCAGCCAAUCACAAGAUGAGAAAAGAAGCAGCAAUAAAAACUGUGGACUGUGUUAGGYGUGUUAAAAAUGAGAGAAUACGUGUAUGUCUCAUCUUUACUGAUAAAUGAACAAAUACAAWAARAAGUCAYGUUAGUUUGAAACAAGCCAACUUUUUUUUUCAGCYUUUAUAAAAGGAUCCAUUUACUUAWAAAUAMAAGAUUUGCAUAUAACAGUGAGGACAUUUUAUCGGUCCCUCCAGCAUGAAGCAGAAAAUCUAAGAGUAAUUUCCGACUCCUGCUGUUCCCUGGCUGCAGAGCUUGAUGAAAAGAUGUGGGUUUUCUGAGGACAUAAAGAAAGAGCCCAAAUGCAAUCCCUGCUUUUUUAUUUAUUUUUUGUGGAUCUCAGCCAUUACAUCUUCCUCACCCACAGUGACUACUUGUCCAUCAGCGCUGUGCCACUGUGACUGCAUUCAACAAACAGGCAAACGACAGACACACGAGCGACCAUUGCCUGCAUGAGCAAUAAGCCACUGAACAGGAGCAAACUGUGGGAUGAAAAACACUUAACAAGGGCAUGGACUGUUUCUACCCUCAGUUGUUCCUGUAGCACAUUCUGUAUUCAAAACACGUCCAAAUGUUAAAAACGUCAAAAACAUUUUGUUAUUGUAACAAAACAGUGAUAUGCAAAAUGCAUCCUGUCUGAUUGGAUAGAUGGUCUGUCACUCAAACUGUAUAGAGCCACUGUGGUGAGUUGUAUCUUUAUUGACGACAGGAAUGUUUUCACAUCGCCUGCUCAGCUGCAGACAGCAGGUCGAUUAGAUUGUGCUAAAUAGCACAAAAACAAUCCUUAGGGUGAAGCACGGAGGCGGUGGAGUGGUGGGAUGAGGCUAAGUUGUCGUCUACAGGAGAAGCCAUCAUUAGAAUUGCAUACUGACACAAUGAAACCCAGUCUGAAAAGGUUGUGUAGUACGAAAACUUGAGAUGCAUUGUCUAAAUUUCACAGGAAUUUGAAAAAGGAAACCUAAUCUAUAAAAAAUGUUCAUGUAUUUUAAAAGAAGAUGAAUCCAUCUUAUGUUACCAUGUCAAAAGRAAAUAACAUUAAAACAAUUUAUGUCAAA